AUGUCUGCUUCGACCCACCCAUCCUUGACCACGGUCUCCACUGCUAAUGCACCUGCUGCUAUAGGCCCCUACUCCCAGGCCAUCGAGGCGGGUGACCUGCUCUUCUGCUCUGGAUGCAUCCCUCUGGACCCGACAUCUAUGCAAGUAGUCGAAGGAGGAAUCGAAGCACAGACAAAACAGGCGCUGAAGAAUCUGACCUCUGUGGUUGAAGCUGGUGGAUCAGAGCUAGGAAAGGUCGUCAAGACGACUGUCUUCUUGAAAUCGAUGAAUGACUUUGUCGCCGUCAACGGCAUUUACGAGGCGACUUUUGGCUCCCACAAGCCUGCACGGUCUGCUGUUGAGGUGGCGAGGCUACCAAAGGACGUAUUGGUUGAGGUUGAGUGCAUCGCUAGGUGCGUCUGA